AUGCAGCAGCAAUGUAUGAUGGAUCAAAUGCUGAUUACGAAGCCUCUGAUUCUGUUAAUCAUUGGCUUCUUGGUAUGGAAUGCUUGUUACGUUGAGAUGAUCAAUGCUCAGGUCUCAAUUCCGGCCAAGAUGGACGGGUUCUGGUACCUUAAUCGGCGUCCGGUGACGGAGAAGGAAUCCGUUGUGAUCGAGGCGUUCUUCGAUCCGGUAUGUCCGGACACAAGGGACGCGUGGCAGCCUCUCAAGCAAGCUGUUCAUCACUACGGUCCGCGCGUUACUCUUGUUGUUCAUACCUUCUCUUUGCCUUAUCACGACAAUGCAUUUGUGUGUUCCCGGGCGUUGCAUAUUGUUUACAGAUUGAAUUCUUCCGCAACGUACCCACUCUUGGAGUCCUUCUUUGACCAGCAGGAGAAGUUUUACGGGAGAGCAACGGCCAACUUAACCAGACCAACGGUAGUGAACAACGUUGUGAAGCUUGCGGCUCAAACCGUGGGGAGCUCCUACGAAUCAGCUAUUGAACAAGGUUUCAAGGACACCAAGACUGAUCAGGCCACCCGAAUUGCCUUCAAGUAUGGAUGCUUAAGAGGAGUGUUUGGAACGCCCUAUUUCUUCGUGAAUGGAUUCCCAUUGCCUGAUGCUGGUUCGCCUCUUGACUUCAAUGGCUGGCGCAAAAUCAUCGAUCCACUGCUUUCCCAGUCCAUGGACAUGCCUGACAUGGAUCGUUACAGAAAGGUUGAGAAGCCAAAGGCCGAGACUCCAAUUGAUGAGAACGAGAUUCGGAUUACAAGCCAGGGAAGGAUGCGAAGCUACAUCACUUAUGCCAUGAGUCUGCUUCAGGAGAAAGGAUCAGAGGAAGUUGUUUUCAAGGCAAUGGGUAGAGCCAUCAACAAGACUGUGACAAUUGUGGAGUUGAUCAAGAGGAGGAUUGUGGGCCUUCACCAAAUCACUUCAAUUACAUCCACUGAUAUAAAUGAUACCUGGGAGCCUUUAGAGGAAGGCCUUCUUCCUCUGCAGACAACAAGGCAUGUUUCCAUGAUUACGAUUACUCUCUCAAAGAAGGAAUUGGACACAUCAGCACUUGGUUACCAGCCACCCAUACCUGCAGACCAAGUUAAAGUUUCUGCAGAGAUAGACUACGAUGGAGAGGGCUCACCUAAUGGUAGAGGAAGGGGUCGCGGGGGGCGCGGGAGAGGAAGAUUCAGAGGUGCAUCUGGGAAUGGUUACGCUGGUGGUGAGUAUGAAGAUGGAGGCUGGGAAAAUAACCGUGGCUAUGGAAGGGGUAGGGGUCGUGGCAGAGGGCGCAACUUUCGCGGCCGUGGAAGGGGAGGUUACAAUGGACCCCAUGUCGAUAACCAGGAAGAUGCUGGAGGUUACAACCAAGAACCACCCUUUCAGGGCGGCCGAGGACGUGGCCGUGGGAGGGGAACUCGUGGUAGGGGACGUGGAUUCAGAUCCAAUGGUCAGAUCCAUGCGGCCGUUCAAAAUUAG